AUGGUGACACAUAGAGUAUUUGUUGGAAACAUAUUUCAUAAUUAUGAUACAUGUCUGGAUGAAUUGAAAUCUAGAUUUGAUAAGUUUGGUAAGUGUUCAGAGGAUGGGUUUGAAAAAUUCACUACAUUUGCAUAUAUUAACAUUGAUUUUGAAGAUGAUUUAGAUUUUAGUAAAUUGAAACAAAGUUUAAAUAAUGUCAAAUUCAAGGGCAAUCUAUUGAAGAUUGAUAUAGCCAAGCCUGAUUGGAAAGUCAAGUGGAAUUUACAACAUAAGAAUGAUUUAGCAGAAGAUGUGAGGAUUGGAAAACUGAAUAAAUUACAGGAGUGGAGACAUUAUAAAAAAUUGGAAAAUAUUCGUAUGUCGUGGAAGGACCAAAAAGAAGUUAUUCCAGGGAGAUAUCGUAAAGCGGAAAGAUCACGUACUCAGUUGAGAAACCCCACGUUUAGAAUAAACGUUAAUGGGUCAUUAAAAGUCUACAAAUUGUAUAAGAACAAAUUAUGGGGCUAUGAGAGAAACAAGACUGUUAAGGAUCUUGCAUAUCAAUAUGUCAAUGGAAAAUGGUGGAAUAAUUAUAAUCAUAUUAUUGAUAGAUUGGAUUACACUAGAUCAAGAAAGACAAUGACUCAUAAAAAUCUAACAGACUAUAAUAUUAAACAAGAAUCAAAAAUAAAUACUACUUCAAAUCUUAUCAAUAGUAAUGAAAAUAGAAGAAAUGAUAAACCUAAUAAAAAUAACCAAGAAGAAGAAGUUGACUUAGAAGAACAAAUGAUACAAGAAGAAAGAUAUAAGAAUAAUAACAUAUUAAAUGAGCUUUUAGGAGAAGUGAAUUUCGAUAAACCAUUAACAGUUGUUGACUCUGAUGAAGCUGAAGUCUUUGGGUUUUCGAAUAAAGAGAAUGAUGAAAGGAUAGAGACAGAAAGGGAAAGCGAAGAAGAAGAGUUUAUUCCAACAUUUGAUGUCACAAAAGAUGAAGCAGAACAAGUGUCUGAACCUAUCCAAGGGACUAUCAGCAACACUGAAACUCUUAGAGCAUUAUUUAAUCCAGACACAGCUAAGGUACCAACUUCUUUAAAUAUAAAAAAUAACGCUGAUGAUAAUAUAAACAAAACUUUUAAGUUGAUUCAAGAUGAUGAUGAGGAUAUUGACCAAAGUAAAGCUAUCACAGAUGACAUUAUCAAUGAGUACAAUGAAAAGGAUAAAAAUGAUAAUUCAAUGAAUUUUAUAUUGCAAACACGUAAUCAAAACCGUUUAUUCUUUCCUCAUUUUGAUUCGCCAUUUUUAAUUGGUCAAACACAGUUAACUCAAAUUGAAACUGGGAAUAAACGUGAUAUAUGGUCUAAGUGGGAAGAACUAUUUUGGGAGAACAGAGGUCAAUGGAUGAAAGAGAUGAAGAAUAGAAGAAGAGAUGCCUUAAGGCAAAGAAAAAAAAGACAAGCAAAGGAUGGUAAUAAUAACAUAAUUAUGAUAUAG